AUGUCUCCAAAAAAGAAGAGCAGCACUGUUUUUAGUGCAGAUAAGCCCAGGGUUUCUGGCAGAGCAAAGAAGCCUGCUGCAGGUGCUCUUGACGACAAGAUUUCGCAUGUCGCCAAGGGCUCGCAUGCCGACAAGGGGUCCCAAGGUGGCAGGGGUUCUCAGGAUGACCAAGGCUCUCAUGUUGACAAGGGUGGAAAUGUUGACAAGGACAAACAGAUCGACAAGGGAUCUAGGGAAGACCAAGAUUAUUCAGCUGACAAGGAGUCUUCAAACGACAAGGGGAAGGAGGACGACCAGGAUCAGGCCCAACCUUCUCCGACUGGUCAAGGAGCACAAUCUGCCUUACAUGUUGUCGUCUUGGGUCCGACAGGGGGUCCUCGUGAAGAUAGAGUUACCGGUAUCCUUGUCCGGUCUACAUCUUCUAACUGGAAUCCGAACUCCAUGAUCGCCGUCGAUGCAGGUACCCUGCUUGGCGGACUUGUUCAUGCAGCGGAACAGUGUCAAACCGAGAACAGCAUGGUCACAUCCGGUCCCUUUGUUGGGUUACAUCUGCCACACAGAACUGCUAGUGCAAACGCAAAGCACAUUUUCGAAACGAUUAUCGGGCGUAUACUAAUCACACACCCUCACUUGGAUCAUUUGUCAGCUUUGGCCAUCAACCUUCCGGUUUUGACUAAAGGAAACACUUCGAAGAUCGUCGCGGCGCUGCCCUCUGUAGUGGAGGCAAUGAAAAACCACAUCUUCAACAACUUGAUCUGGCCGAAUCUCUCCGAUGAGGACGAGGGCGUUGGAUUGAUUUCGUAUCAGCGCCUCGCUGAUGGUGGAAAUCCCAUGUUGGGCCACGGUGAGGAGAGUGGUUAUAUUGAAGUUGGGUCAGGAUUGCUUGCUCGAGGUCUCGGUGUCAGCCAUGGGAAAUGCAAGGUAAAGACGGGUACUAGGACGUACGCUAUUGAAGAGCGCCGCAGCUCGAGCACUCCUGCAGAGGAGCAGCGUGGACAAGACAUGGGAUCUAUUCCAAGUCGUGCUCGACAAUCGUCUUCAGGACAAGAAGCAUUCUAUACCGCUGUCGAAAGCUCAGCGUUUUUCCUCCGCGACCAGAAGACCGGGAAAGAAAUCAUCAUCUUCGGCGACGUUGAGCCAGAUUCGAUAUCUCUCAAUCCGCGCAAUAAGGAGAUCUGGGACAUCGCUGCGCCGAAGGUGGCUUCUGGCAACCUGCGUGCCAUUUUCAUCGAAUGUUCUUACACGGAUGCUAUUGAUGAUCUAUACCUCUUUGGCCACCUUUGCCCGCGCCACCUGGGAAAUGAGUUGUGCGAGCUAGCUGAACUUGUAGCUGGAAUCAAGGGCAUGGACUGGUCGCCGAAUAAUAAACGCAAACGGCAAAGUAGUGCUGAGUCCAGCGGAGCGGAUGGACCAAGCGACCGCGCAGGUAGUAAGGGCAAAUCUGGGUCUCUUCGAAGCAGCAGCAAGAAGCGCGCGCUCUCGGAAGGCCGGUUUCAACAGGCCACCGGAUCCUCGGAGUCAAUUCCCAUCGACAUAGAUAGCCAGACUCUUCACAAAAGGGCAAGCGAAACUAGGGAUGUUCCCGAAGCCCAAAAGCCCUUGACUGGUCUUUCGGUGUAUGUCAUCCAUGUGAAGGAACUUUUGCAGGACGAGGAAGACGCCGCCGAGACAAUCCUCCAAGAGUUGAUCGAUGUCGGGCAGAUGAAUCGGCUGGGUUGUGAUUUUCACGUUCCUAAGCGCGGCGAGAGCAUUUAUUUCUGA